UGCUAUCUUGUUUAUUAAGUAAAUGCCAAUUAAUUAAUUAACAUUCAGUCAUAUACAUGGUGCACAACUCUCAGUCAAUUUAAGCAACAAAUGAACGUGUCCCACGUCCCAAUAAUACAAAACGAAUCAGAAAAAAAAUACCUUUUCAAUUUCCUUGAAUUAUUCAUUCUUGUAACCCCUAUAUAUGUAUGACCAGUUAGUCAUCACAAACAAUAUUAUAGCUAUAGGGCAAAAGCUAAGCUAACCAGUUGGUCAUCGCAAACAAAUAUUAUAGCUAUAGGACAAUCAUCAAAAGGCAAAAGCAAGCUUUUCGAUCAUCACGAUGGAGCACUCACCACAAUCAAACGACACUACCCUCUUCAACAGAGACUUCAGUUUGCGUCUUACAAACCAGAUUUUGGAAAAGGAAGCUUCAAAGGGCUCCAAUUUCGUGGCCUCUCCUUUAUCCUUACAUGUCAUGCUAAGCUUGAUUGCUGCAGGAUCAAAAGGCCAAACUCUGCAACAGCUUCUUCACUUUUUGGGUUCAACCAGUGUUGGUGAUCUGAAUCUGUUGUCUUUGAGGAUUAUCAAUCUGGCAUCCCCGGCUGAAAACCUCGCAGCAGGUGGUCCACUUUUGUCCUUUGUCAAUGGUGCUUGGCUGGAUCAAAAGUUCUCUUUGAAAUCGUCUUUUGAAGAGAUUGCAAGAAGUUCUUACAGAGCUGAGCUCAAGAGUGUGGACUUUGAAACCAAGGCUGAAGAAGUGGUAAAAGAAGUGAAUUCCUGGGCUGAAGCAGCAACCAAAGGGCUAAUCAAAGAUCUCCUCCCAGCUGGGUCCCUCGACAGUGAUACUGCACUUGUGCUUGCCAAUGCACUCUAUUUUAAAGGAGCAUGGGAUCAACAAUUUGACACCUCAUCCACUCAACUUCGAGAAUUUCAUCUUCUAAAUGGGCAAACUACUGUUCAAGUUCCUUUCAUGACCACUGGAAGGAAUACGCGCCAUCUUUACCGAUCAUUUGAUGGUUAUAAAGUACUUCAAAUUCCUUACCAAACGAGUCAAGAUCAUUCCCGCAAAUUUUCCAUGUACUUUUUCCUUCCGGUUGAAAAAGAUGGCCUGCACAACCUAAUCAAAAAGAAUAUUAAACUCAAUCCUGGUUUCUUAAAUCAACAAUUUAAUCUGCGGUUAGAGGAUGAUCUCUCUGAUUUUUGGAUUCCGAAAUUCAAAUUCUCCUUUCAAUUGGAAGCUUCAAAAAGCAUGAAGGAAAUGGGGCUUACACUACCAUUCCAGGCAGGGGAGCUUACAGAAAUGGUUGACAGUCCCAACGGUAAUCGAUUGUUUGUUUCAGAUAUAUUCCAUAAGUCCCAUAUUGAAGUGAAUGAAGAAGGGACUGAAGCCGCAGCUGUUACUGCCACCACUUUUGUGAAUUGCUGCCUCGGAAUUCCAACUCCACGCUUUGUAGCUGAUCAUCCUUUCCUGUUUAUGAUAAGAGAAGAAACUCAUGGGGUGGUGUUUUUUGUUGGAGCGGUGCUCAAUCCUCUCUUGGAGGCUUAAGGUCCCGAAAUAUUCUAGAAGUGUUUUUAUCUUUUAGGGUUUUUUUUUGUUUUUUUUAAAUGUUAAAUUAUGGCCUUGGGAAGAUACAGCUUUCUUGUUUUAAUUUCAAAUUAUUUCUAUUUAAAUAAUGUUAAGAUUGAGAGACAAAUUAAUAUGUCCUAUCUUGUUAUUUAUGUGCAUGCUUUUUCCGUCUCUUAAUUCAAUGCCACAUAUAUAGUAAUUAAACCUUUAAUUAGGACCACUAUUUUGAUGGAUGAACCAGUCUAGGAUUUCAGUAGAAGGGAAGCAUGAGCUGUAUAUCAUGUCUUGAUCAAAGUCCCGCAAUGGGAAAAAAUUGCUGAGCGAGAUAAUUAAUAGUUUCUUACCAUGCCGGUUUUUCCAGGGAAAGAGGGUUCAGUUGUCACAUUUUCUGGUUGAGAAACAACACAAAAGUUGCUAUAUUUUUACUGCUGCUUCCCGACUCGUCAGCACGAGAGGGGCUUCCCACAUUUUCAUGGCCCACAAAUUUAGAAAUGGUAUCCAAAUUGUCAAGGAACUCUGUCAGGCAUUUGCUUAUUGAUUGUUUGAAUUCUUCCACAUCUUGUUCGUACAAGAGACAGACCCCUAGAUUCUUGGCUGGCACGCCAGGGCGCUCGCUGCAGAUAUCAGUAGCUUUGGCCUUUCAACUCUGGAAACAACAAAGAACUAGGAAUUAAUAGCCAAAUGAAUCCACCUACAUAUGACCGCUUGAAUUUGUCUGACGGAUGUAGAUAUCAAACGCUAUAUAUGUAGCUUUGGCCUUUCCAACUCACUUUCUUGCUCUAGUAAAUGCAUGUAAUGUUCAACAGAUAUUAGGUGUAGGUGUUCAGUAGAUGAUUUGUCAUAUAAAUCUUGAGUAAGCUUUUGCACAUGAUCUUAAUUUGUUAGAUAUUACAUUCGGACCACAUGUCUAAUGUUUUAAGCUCCGUAUGGAUCACAUCCGAUCUGGAUCUCUGUUUGUUUGUUAUGGAUCAUGGAUAGUACUGCUGCCAGACUUUGCUACAUCCUUCCGGACCAUCAUGGCGUUGCUUCCUGUUUCUUUAUUAAUUAUCAUCUACGAUACGAAAUUUUGCAUCUGGAUCAUCAUACAUCCAUCGAGGCCAUGCAGUGGUUUAUUAUGCCAGCUUAAAUUCUUCCUCAACAUGCUGGUAUAGAAGAAGGAGACCACACUUAUGAGCCUCCCACCCUCAUGAUCUCUCGCUUGCAAAUGAAGCCUCAAUGAGAUUGCAGUUGUUCAGCUGAUCUCCAAACCAGAUACGUGGUAUAAAGGACGGCCACAUGAAUUCUACAUCAUGUGACAUGUUGAAGUUUUUAUGCAGGGGAUGCAGACUAACUCUCAGUUUCCAAGUUGCAAGCAAGCAAGGUAGUGAGGAAUUUGAUGAGGAUCAAACUCAGUUGUAUGCUCAAGUCUGAAAAAUAUGCAUAUAGCGCCAAUCCUAUCCAAGUAGCAUCGCUGCAUAGAUAUGGCAAAUGUAGUAGCAUUUGGAAUUGGACAAAUUGAUGUAGUAGCAUCCCUACAUAGUGAACAUAUUUUCUCUAUGAGACAAGUCGUUUCGACAAGGUUGUUGUUACGAAUUGUGAACCUUUGAUUGAUUUCUUUUGAAACCGCUUUGACAAUUUCCUGAAUAACCUCUGUCUCAUG